GUCCAUCUCAUCCCUGACCCUACCCUCACCAGUUUCUCUCUCCUCUCUCAUGUGUAAGUUGUGGUUUUGGUCCAAACCACCAAAAGCAAAAGGAGAAGAAGACGACGAAGAAGAGCGAUUCAAUCAUCUACUCAUUCCGCAUGUUAACCGCCAUGAAAGAAAAGACGAUCUGGAUCUGUUGGCUAAGAUUCAAACGAUUGCAAUGAGUUUGAUCGGUUGGAUGAGGACUCGUCGUAGGCGAUUGGUAUUUCUGGCGCUCUGUUCUCCUUUUCUACUUUUCUUUGUUUUCGCCUUGUUUCCUGUUCUGUUCGCGGCUAGAGUCUUCUUCCGCCUAUGUCGACGGCGGCGGCGAGAGGAAACAGAGGAGUUGCUGAUAUGGAGUGAGGGAGUAGAUCUAGGCGGCGGAAACGAUGAGUUGAGGUGCGAUGAAGAGGAAGAAGAAGACGGAUGCGAUGGAAGCAGAGGCGAGAUGAGAUUUCUGUUGCAGAGAUACCUAGAAGAUCAAUUGACGCUUGUGCUUGGAUUUGUGUAUAGUUAUGGUGAAGAAUUACAUGAGGAUAUUAGGGCUUCUUUUGAUGAGUCCUUGCCCCUUGGAAAUUUUGUGUGUGUUAACAUUGAAUCUUCAACAUAAUAAUCAAUCAAUCAAUCAAAAUUUGUGAAUGAAUUGUGAUAUCAAAUUCUAGUUUGUUUAUUGUAACUCUAUGUAUUUGAUUUAUAUUUGUCAACUUGUUUAUAUUUUUGCUGCUUGUUUGUGCAACUCAAAUUCAUAUUGA